GAGGAGAAGGAGGAGAAGGAGGAGAAGGAGGAGAAGGAGGAGAAGGAGGAAAAGAAGGUGGAGGAGGAGGAGGAUAAGAAGGAGAAGAAAGAAAAGGAAUGGAAUGAGAAGGAGGAGAAGGAAGAGAAGGAAAAGAAGAAGGAGAAAGAGGAGAAUGAGGAGGAGGAGAAGAAGGAGAAGAAAGAAAAGGAGUGGAAUGAGAAGGAGGAGAAGGAAGAGAAGGAGAAGGAGAAGGAGGAGAAGGAGGAUGAGGAGAAUAAAAAGCUUAUUAACUUUGCUGCAGACAAAUUACAAGCAACUUAUGCUGGUGCGCUCACCAUUUUGGUCUCCGGAACUCCGGCUCUAACCUUGGCUAUCAGAAAUGAACCAAAGGAAAUGGUAACCGCCAAAGUGGAGCCGGAAAAAAGCCAUGCACUCUAA